AACGCAAUCAAUUUGCUCGCAUCCCACUGCAAACAGGAUGACCCACAGUAACCUUCACUUUACGUUCACUUUUAUUUAACCCAUUUCUGAUCUGUCUGGCCGCACUAGAUGGUUCUGUAGCAUAGGACAUUACACCCCCUUUCCCCGGAAAAUCGUAACAAUCACUCCUUAUUGAAACACCAUGCCCGAGACGGGAGCGUCAGCAGUCGCUGCAUCCGCAAGUAACAGCGCCGAUUCCGAAGGCUCACGGCACAGACACCGAUCGCAAGAAGGAGAAAAACCUGAGCAAAGUGCACCUUGUCAUCCAACAUCUGGCGUUUUGGAUAAACUGUUUGGUAAGAAGCUCCUGCAGGCUGGGCGAUACAUCAUGUCUCAUAAAUCCUGGAUGAAGACGGUGCCCACAGAGAACUGUGAUGUCCUCAUGACUUUUGCAGACACCACAGAUGACCACACGCUACUCUGGCUGCUGAAUCACAUACGCCUUGGCAUCCCAGAACUGAUCAUCCAGAUACGACACCACAAACAUACGAGAGUCUAUGCGUUCUUCGUUACGGCAACAUAUGAAAAUCUGUUGCGAGGAGCAGAGGAGAUGGGCCUGAGAAAAGCGGUGAAGUCUGAGUUUGGGGGCGGAGCUCGCACCUUUUCCUGUGAGGAGGACUACAUUUACGAGAACAUCGAGAGUGAGCUGUGCUUCUUCACAUCACAGGAACGUCAAAGCAUAAUCAAAUACUGGCUGGACAAUCUCCGAGCCAAACCAGGGGAGGUCCUUCACAACAUCCACUUUCUGGAAGGACAGCCCAUAAUCCCAGAGCUGAAGGCACGAGGUGUGAUCCAACAGGUCUUUCCCCUCCAUGAGCAGAGAAUUCUGGGUCAGCUAAUGAAAUCAUGGGUGCAAGCUGUGUGUGAGAAGCAGCCUCUAGAUGAUAUAUGUGAUUAUUUUGGAGUGAAGAUUGCCAUGUACUUUGCCUGGCUGGGUUUUUACACCACCUCUAUGCUGUAUCCUGCUGUGAUCGGCUUCGUACUGUGGAUGCUGACUGAAUCUGAUCAGACCAGCAGAGAUAUAUGCUGCGUAGUGUUCGCCCUCUUUAAUGUGGUGUGGGCCACCCUGUUCCUGGAGAGGUGGAAGCGCAGAGGGGCAGAGCUGGCGUACAAAUGGGGCACGCUGGACACGCCGGCUGAAUUGCUAGAGGAGCCCAGGCCACAGUUCCGGGGUGUAAAACGGUGCAGCCCAGUGACGGGCUGUGAGGAGUUCUACUACCCGCCCUGGAGAAGGAGGGUGUUCACGUGGCUGGUCAGCUUUCCUGUCUGUAUCUUAUGCCUUUGUUUUGUCUUCCUGGCCAUGCUCAUCUGCUUUCAGCUUCAGGAAUUUGUGAUGGGGAUUAAAGAACUGCCACGGGUGGCGAGGUUUAUCCCUGAAAUCAUACUGGCCAUCACUGUGACUGCUUGUGAUGAGGUGUACAGAAAGAUAGCCUGCUGGCUUAACGACAUGGAAAACUACAGACUCCAGAGUGCCUAUGAGAAAAAUCUCAUCAUCAAAAUGGUUCUUUUUCAGUUUGUAAAUUCUUAUCUCAGCCUUUUCUACAUUGGAUUCUACCUCAAAGACAUGGAACGACUCAAAGAGAUGUUAGCCACGCUGCUGAUCAUCCGCCAGUUCAUGCAGAAUUUGAAAGAGGUGCUGCAGCCAUACUUGUACGAGCGCCACCGACUGGGCGAGCUCACAUUGCGGGCCGUGUGGGACCUGCUUGUUUCGGCCCUCCUCAAGUACGGGCGGCUGGCAGCCGGGAGGGCCCAGAUCUCUCCAAGUGACCCCAGCAUCCCAGGCUCAGUUCUGCGUGGGACACGACAGGGUGUGCUCGGCCAGCAGGAGCGGCGUGACCGCAAGUGUCUGAAUGGAGGCUGCGGGGUGCCGGACGAGGACGGUGAGGAGGAGCCUGUGGAGAGGCUUGGUGAUGAGGACAACGAGGAUGAGAGCCCGGUGGACUGUGGCCUCAAGUUGCGCAAGGUCAGCUUCAUCGAAAAGGUGGAGCGCAAAUCAGUCGGCUGCAUUAGCCCGAUGGAGGACAGUUUCAUGGAGGAGGGCAGCCCCACCAUGGUGGAGAAGGGCAUGGACCCUGCCUCGGUCUUCGAGAUGUGCGACGAUGACGACGAUGACAACGGAACGCCUGAGGCAAAGGAGUCGGAGGCAGAGCCGCUGCAUGCUACAGCAUCUGAGGUCACUGUGCCUUCAAGACUCCGUAGGCGAGGCCACAGCCUGGAAAGGAGCGACAGCAGGAGCAAGCGGGAAUCGUGGAUGGAUCCACCCGAGCAGCAGGACAUGACCACACUUACCCAGGCUGAGAUUGAGAGCUGCAUGCAAACAUAUGAGGACACAUUUCAAGAUUACCAGGAGAUGUUUGUCCAGUUUGGUUAUGUGGUGCUUUUUUCCUCCGCCUUCCCAUUGGCUGCCAUGUGUGCCCUCAUCAAUAACAUCAUUGAGAUCCGUAGUGACGCCUUCAAGCUGUGCACAGGCCUGCAGAGGCCCUUUGGUAUGAGAGUGGAGAGCAUUGGCCAAUGGCAGACAGUAAUGGAGGUCAUGGGUCUGAUAGCGAUCAUUGUGAACUGUUACUUGAUUGGUCAGUGUGGGCAGCUCCAAAGGCUCUUCCCUUGGCUGAGCCCUGAGAUGGCCAUCAUCUCUAUUGUGAUCUUAGAGCACUUUGCUGUUCUGCUGAAAUACAUCAUUCAUGUGGCAAUCCCUGACAUCCCCAGCUGGGUGAGAGAAGAGAUAGCCAAACUGGAGUUUCAGCGCAGGGAGGCAUUCAAGAAGCAUGAGCGCCAGGCACAGCAGCACUUCCAGCAGCAGCAGAGGAGGAAGAGGGAGGAAGAAGAGAGGCAGCGGCAAGCUGAGUUCCAGGCGCGUCGCGAGCGUGACGACGGACGCCCCGACUCGUCCGGAGGUGAUGGCCACCAUGACAAAGGCCAGGGUGGCAAGUCCAGGCUGGGCGGAGGUGGGGGCGGCUCAGGCAGUGACAAGCCCAAAAGGCCCAGCUCGCUGCUGGCCAACAACAACGUGAUGAAGCUCAAGCAGAUCAUCCCAUUGCAGAGCAAGUUCUCCUCGGGCACGGCCCGCUCACCACAGUCCCCCACGGGGACUGAGCCCAAGCUCCCAGGCUUCCUCAGCUUCAAGUUCCUCAAAUCUCCGGAAAACAAGAAGGAGGCGGCAGCUGCUGCUGCAGCUUCAGCUUCGGCUGUUGCGGCAGCGUCAGGCCAGGAGAAGUGCCAGUCACCCAGCAAGUCCUUCAAUCCCGGAAAACUCUUCAACUUUGGGAAGUCCGAAGGGGGCACGUGCCUGAAUGGAGCUCAGCCCUCAAAGCAAGGGGAAGGACCCCAGCCUGCAGAGAAGCAGCCCACAAAAUCUGAUCUCAAUGGGGUGCCAGAUGAGAUCCCAUCCCCAGGGGGAGAGGAAGGGGAGAAUGGGCACUCAUUAGACAGUGAGUCCUGAGGCCCUAAGCGCUAACUCCAACAAAACACACAAUGGGGGGUGGGGGAAAUGACUAGCAAAGGGUUAAAGAGAAUUGAUGCAGGAGGUUCUCUCACUGCUCUCUGACGCAGAGUCUGGCCUGGAAGCUGUUAAGUAAUACUGCAGAUAUGAAAAAUGGGGAAUAAGUGUUUUGGUGGGGGGGUUGUUUGUUUGUUUGUUUGUUUUCUUCAAAGAUGACCAACUCCCCCUAACCCUCCACCCCCCACACGCACACUCACACACACAUACGCAUGCACACGUGCACGCGCGCACACGCACACACACACACACACACACACACACACACACACACACACACACAAUGCCUUUUGUCUACAACAUAUACAGGAAUGCAUGAACUGCGUUUCCAAUCAAUUUUAAAGCAUAUUCCAAAAAGAAAAGUGCAAUGUUAAGUUACCCUAGUUUGACAGUUGUAAGCAUUUAGUGCCCUCUAUAGUAUCACAAUUUAUUUUCCUGCAAAUUUUAUAUCACAUAAUGAAUCCUUACUAAAAACACCACAAAUUGAUGAUCUUGAAUGUCUGCAUCAAUUUGAACUGUGAGUGUUUUUAGUGCUGAAAGUUUUUUACUUCUUUAAAGCAGCUGGUUUAGUUUAGCAAUAGCAGUGUUUCAUGAAUAUCAAGGUACUAAUGUACUGCAAACCUGUGAGAUUUAUUCGUCCCUGCAAGACUAAAACAUAUUGUCUGAACUCAAAAGAAAUGCAAUAUAUUUGUUUUUUAUGUAACUUUGUGAGGAGCAGUCUGGAGCUGUUGUGAAAGUAUGUAGAAACCCAUCAAAAACGAAGACAGGUGCGACAAAGUGUGCAAAAUUCAAUAUGAGGCUAUAGUAUACGUAAUGGUGACUAUUUGAAAAAGACAUUAUUUUAUCCAGAAUACUGUCUCUUAUUCCAAAAUUGAAGAUGAGUGAUAUCUCAAUUGUACUGGCCACUUUAACAGGCUUUUUCCUUUAGUCACUGUAACCUGAAGGCAGAGACAGGUUUUGAGAUCAAGACUGUAGUGUUAUUGAAAUGGAAGAAAUUUUGUGCAUUUUAAAAUGUUGUGUCUUAGAGUAUGGCAUUUAAACACCGAUUUCCAGUUCCUGAACUGGUACAGCAAAGCUAUUUCUUACAUCAUGAAAUCAAGAAGAUGUUCUUUUAAUUAGAAAUUCAGAAGCUUGCUGGACUGUAAAGAAAAAGAAGGCAAUGCCUUGCAGAGGGAUCAUGUGAGCAAAUGAAGUAAUGCGUAGCAUUUCCAUUUAAGUUCAUACUAGUUGCUGUCUCAGAGAACAUUUUGCACUAAACCCUACUGCCAGCGAGAGGGAAAGACUGCUAAAAAAGGAGAACACCAGCUUGCCUCAUAACAUAUGCAAACGCUCAGUUGUUUUUCAUUGCACUGCACUACUGACGCAUUAUAUUGUCACAUAUUGACUCAUCCAGUUUCUGGGCAUUUGGGUGCUUUGUCUAACUUUAGUUUCCUAUUUACCUGCCUAAUGUAUUCAUUCCUACCAAGUUAUUUUAGAUAUUUCCUAUUCCAUUAUUGCCAAAGCAAAACUACUAUGGACACUGGCAGUGCCGAUAUGUCGGACUUUUUUUUUUUGUUUGUUUGUUUGGUUGGUUUUUUUAGUAAAGCCAUAACUGUCGAUAUUUCAACAGAGGAUUCGGUUUGUUAAUACAGUCGUGCAAGCUCUGGUGAUGAGGCAAAGGGACAUAUCUGAAUAGACCCAAGGUUGCACUCACAGUCUUGCUCAUUACAGGAGAAAAAGUAGGGCACAGUUCCAUCAAUUCAAUGUUAACUGAAAUAAUUCUGAAAUCAGCUUAUAGAUUUCAAAAAUAAGUUGAGUAAAAUGUCUGCCCAUUUUACCUGACUGAACUGAAAAUAAAGCAAAAUAACUGAAAUAGGACUAAUUCCCAGAUUUGAAAGUGAGUAUGAAUGCUGGUUUUGUUUUGUUUUUUUGAGUUUGUGAACCAUUUUAGUAUACUCAAAAUACAAGAUGAAAGACAAAUGAGGUGAGAGGAAUGUUAAGCCACUUAUUGCUUUAAUAGGUAACAUAAACUAUGCAUAUUGCUAAUUUCACUGAAUGAGUUGUUUCAAAUAACUUUUGCAAUAAUACUGCAGCCUAAAUAAUGACUGUCACCAAUUUGGGAUCCGAGCUGUUCUAAAUGUUGAGUCAUGUCAAUAGUUUAAAAAAUUAAUUGGCAGUGGUGACUGGUCAUCUGCCAUGUUCAUUUUUUCCUGUUUUAAUGUUGGUGUUACAAUUAAUAUGUUACCCGUAUCCCAGCAGCCCUGUGUGCUUUUCUUGGGUCUCAGAUAGAAAAAUCUAAAUUUAGAAGGACACUUAUGAAUGUUAGAUAGAUUUCACUUCCCAGAGCUACCCACAAUCCCAAGGGGAGUUUUUUUUUUUGCUUUCUCUCUUAUCAUAACUAUUUUUUUAAGUAAGGAAAAACAAGUCUUGUCAUUUAUUCUGUUGAAUGAAUGCUGACAAAUUACAUGUAAUCAGAUAUGAACAAAUUACUCCCUCCUAACUGUGUUUUAUAUCUAUUCGUAAUUAACAAUGAUAGGUCAUUGAGAUGCUUCUUUGGCAGUGUUUAAUGCCUUAACACACACUCCUCUGCUAAAGAAGGAAAAGUGCACAAUGUUUUAAAUAUUUCUUGACAUACUCAGUCAUCCUUUACAUUUGAAUGAGGUAAACUGCAAACACACCUUUGUCUCCUCAUAAUCUUAUUCAUUAAAAUGCAUAAAAUUCAUUAUCAGAAAAUACAUAUCAUAUAGUAAAUGUUUUGGGACUGAAUUUCAGAUUGUGGUAAAUAGGAACUCGUCUUGGAUAUUAGGGCAAUGUGAGUAUUUUCGGGUAAGAUAGAGAUAACUGCGGCUAAAAAUAGAUCUCCAUUUCAUUUUCAUUAUUUAUUUAUUAUGAUAUUUCGUUUAACAGCAAAAGUCUCAUACUGCGAAAAGAAUCGUACUGAAAGAAUUUGCUUUGUGGCAUAGCAAAUGAAGUGUUAUCAGAUGUAGCCUAUAAGGAGGCAUAAUGCUAUACAUCCCAUAUACAAUUAAUUAAUAAGCUGUAAUUGAUGUCACAUUGUCUUGUUUUAUUGAGUUUUUUAUGGGUUUUUUGUUUCAGAUCAAACUGCUCUCUGCAACAUGAGACUGAAUUUUAUGUGUUAUGUUUGACUGAAGUGUCAUUCAGAUGCUGCAAGGUUUCUGUCAUCUCUGUAUGGCAAUUGACCUUAUCACUAUUCUGUUUCAUUAGCUCAAACAUUUUACUUUUAUUAGUCUGUAUAGAUACCUAAUAAGUGGCUUAGGAUUCUUGGUUUACGUUCAGUCCAACUGUGAAAAAUAAUGGGCUACUGAUUUAGACUUUAAGAAAGUGCCGCUCUGAAGCAGAUACAUGGAGUUGCAGACAGUGGAAAGAGAUGCUAGUAGCACUCGUGUGUAGAAUUCCUUCACCGAAGGCAACCUCAAACUAACUUGCUCUUCCAAUAUACCACUGUAAAGUUUCUUUCUUUUUCCAAGAAAAUAAUCAUAGAAAAUGGCAUUAUUUAUUUCUUUUAAUUAAUUUUUGUCAUAUUUUUGUAAGACCUAAAAAGGAAUAAU